AUGUUCGUCAACCAAACGGCUUGCGGUGUCGUCUCUCUGCUGGGCAUGGCGGCCAACGUCAUCAACAUCAUUGUGUUCUACCAGCAAGGUAAGGGCACCGACCUAAGGGCUUCGCUAGCGUGGUCUGAUAUGCUCGAGCUAAAGGUAGUGACGCAAGGACGUCGGGCCAGUGUUAAUUUUCUUUGUAAGGGCAAUGUAAAAGACAUAAGAGAGCCUCAGUGCUCUUAAGUAAUUAAUGACAUUGUGGUGCAAGUAUCCCAUCAAUAUCGUUUGGAGCUCAACUAUAUCAAAUCGCAUGGUCAGACUCAUUGCACGUGACCAGACUUAUAUCAUAUGACCAGACUUAUAUCCCAUGACCAGACUUAUAUCCCAUGACCACACUUAUAUAUCAUGACCAGACUUCUAUCACAUGACCAAACUUAUAGCACAUGACCAGACUUAUAGCACAUGACCAGACUUAUAGCACAUGACCAGACUUAUAGCACAUGACCAGACUUAUAGCACAUGACCAGACUUAUAGCACAUAAACAGACUUAUAUCCCAUGACCAGACUUAUAUCACAUGCCCAGACUUAUAGCUCAUGACCAGACUUAUAGCACAUGACCAGACUUAUAGCACAUGACCAGACUAAUAGCACAUGACCAGACUUAUAUCGCAUGAUCCUACUUAAAAGGUUUCUUAAAAUGGCGUGGAUCUUCAUUACACAUUACACGUUUGAUCGACGAUACGUACAAACUAAGUUGACCCAUGCAAAUCCUCGCGUCGUUCUCAAUAAUUCCCUAUAUUUACUUUGUGAACCUAACAAUGCUUCACUAUAUAAUGUGUACUUUGCGAACCUAAAAAUACUUUACUAUAAUGUGUGCGUUUUGUUUUCCUAUCAAGGGUUCAAGGACACAGUGAACAUAUCUCUGACAGGACUGGCAAUUUCCGAUUUAAUGUCCCUAGUGACCUCCCUCUGGGUCUCCAUCUGCUGGAACCCGUUGAUGUACUACACUGACCUUCCUUUCAUACCCAAGGACGUCGAGUACUUGACCGGAAGUAUGCCCCAUCUCUUGUUCACCCGCGUCUCCGGGUGGAUCACCGCGUUUGUCGCCUUCGAGCGCUGCCUUUGCAUCGCCUUGCCGCUCAAGGUGAAGGCCAUCAUCACGCCGAGACUGGUCGCUUGGUUCAUGGUCUCCAUCUUUCUGGUUGUCGGCGCCGCCCAGACGCCCCUGUUUUGCACCAGUACUUUGGAGUGGGUCUUUAGCCCGGGCCGUAACAGAACGGUCAUUGGUCAAGUGGCCAGAGCCAUGAGUGAAGAGAUUGACGGCAUCGCCUUCUCGGUCAACCUGAUUUUUCCGUUCGGAUCUUUCUCCAUCGUCGUCGUCUGCACGGCCGUGUCCUCGGCUCAGCUGAAGCAGACCUCCCAAUGGAGGGCCAAGUCCGCUGUCGGCCCGUCGCGUGAACUCGGGCAGAGCGUGUCCGGCAGGGAGAAGAAGGUCGUGAAAAUGGUGGUGAUGAUCUCGGUUCUGUUCAUCGUCAGCUUCCUCCCGACAGCCGUGGCCCAGAUCGUGUACGGCGCGAUAGCUGACGAGCCGCCCCUGGUCCCCGUCUUUGUGUUCUACAUCGGUGUUGCGUUCUCCUUCAUCAAGGUUCUGGAGGCGGUCCACGCCAGCGUCGGCAUCAUCCUGUACUACACGAUGAGCUCCAAGUACAGA